AGAGUUUCUGUGAGUGCGAAUUCACCAUUGUUCAUACUGGAGAAACCAAAGGAGGACUUCCAAAUAAGCUCUGUUGUCCCACUUAGUCCACUGUUAUACUACUGAAUGAUCCAUAUACCACCACUGUUCAUUGCUAGAUUGAUAUCAUGAGGCCCAAAGAAGUCUAAAACAUCCUAAGCAGGAGGGAGAAAUGAUUGCCAAAUUUGCAAACCACAUGAGCACAGGAAAUUCCUUAACCUGUACAGGAAGACACUUAAGAACCAUGGAGGCAUGGUUUUCUUAGCUCUCCCUGGAAGAUGGAUGCUUUUGAGGGAAUCCACACUGUGUGCAUUUCGUCUUCUCCUCCAGCAGUAUCCACACCUAGCCCUGGAUAUGAACUCCUGGUGACUGGCAGCAAAGGAAUAGCACUGUACUCCUCCCAUGCAUUUUUUGGGAAAGUGGAUUCUUCAGGUCACCAGCAGAGCAAGCAUAGCAGAGCUAAAAAAGAGGAAUGUCCUGUUGGAAAGUUGAUAGACCUAGAGGCAGAGCUGGAACCUGGCACAGAGUCUGGAGAAGGCCGAGGGGACACGAUGCUCCAGGACGAAGCAGAAGCUCAGAGACGAGAAGCCUACAGCGUGUCUCGUCUACGGAGCUCUUCUAUAGAGAUUAGAGAGAAAGGCACGGAGUUCCUCAGAGAGCAGCUGGACGAGGCGCAGAAGGAGUUGAAACUAAAGGGGGAGGAAUGUGAGCGACUGUCUCAUCUGAGAAACCAGCUGGAGCAGGAACUAGAGGAAUUGACUGCAAGUCUCUUUGAGGAGGCUCACAAGAUGGUGCGGGAGGCCAAUGUCAAACAGGCAACUGCCGAAAAGCAACUGAAAGAGGCACAGGGCAAGAUUGAUGUGCUACAGGCAGAAGUGACCGCGCUAAAGACGCUCGUGCUGACCUCCACCCCGUCCUCCCCUAACCGCCAGCUCCACCCCCAGCUACUGUCCCCAGGGUCCAGAGGACACACACGCCACAAGAGUGCCACCCUUACUCUGCCUCAGCUCCAAUCAGAGUCACCCAGUGAAAACGCACAUAUAAGCCGGGAAGAAAAAGAGUUGGACUCUAUGUUGUUUGCCGAGUUUUUGUCUUGGAGAGAGAAACCAAGUCUGGAUCGGUCAUCUGCCUUCCUGAGCCGAAUCUACAAAGAGGACAUUGGGCCCUGUCUCUCUUUCACGUGCUCAGAACUGUCUCAUUCAGUUCAGAAUGCUGUGGAGAAUAACUUUUUGACUAUUGAGCCGGUUGCUUUGACCGCAAUAUCCACGGACAAAGCCUCGACUGUUGAGUUUGGAGGACCCAAUGGCUGCCGAGCACCGGUAGAGACGAAGUGUGCCCUGAGCGGUAUGUCCCAUCUCUGCCGGCAUCGCAUCAAACUGGGAGAUAAAGAGAAUUAUUACUACAUCUCUCCCUCCAGCAGAGCUAGGAUCACAGCAGUGUGUAACUUCUUCACUUAUAUCAGAUACAUCCAGCAGGGUCUGGUCAGACAUGACGCCGAGCAGAUGUUCUGUGAGGUGAUGCGCUUGCGACGGGAGAUGUCCGUAGCCAAGUUAGGGUUCUUCUUUGCAGAUGUGAACUAAAAGACGCCCAGAUUCUGUGGCAAGUUUUCUACACUCAGCAGUUCGAUAAAAGAUUUCCCAUAGAUACACUCCGUUAUUGUGUCAGUGACCGUUACAUUAAAAGCCCAGAGGAAAUCUGUGAAAGGAGUUCUGUGCUGAUGAUCAGUAUUGGAGUGGAGUGAGAUUUUUCACUCUCUCUCUACACUCCGUAUAACACAGUUCCUAAUGGGGAACAAAAUAUGGGAUUAAUAAUGUUGUUGUUUUUUUUGGAUUAUUUGUUGGUGCAGAUACAGUUUACAGAACUUUAGGUCCUCACAGUUGGAACCUGUUCAACGCAGAGUCUCAAUAAGAUGUCACACUGUUCAUCUUCUGCCUUAGCAAGCACAGAUUCACUUGCGUACAAUACCAAGACACACUACACGUCAAUGCUACCUGAGACACAUUGCUUAGUAGACAAUACAGUGCCCUCCACUAAUAUUGGCACCGUUUUUUAUAUAUAUAUAUAUAUAUAUAUAUAUAUAUAUAUAUAUAUAUAUAUAUAUAUAUAUAUAUAUAUAUAUAUAUAUAUAUAUAAAAUUAAAUAUAGUGUGCAACAAUUAUUGGCACCCUUUUAGUCAAUACUUUGUGCUACCUCCCUUUGCCAAGAUAACAGCUCUGAGUCUUCUCCUAUAAUGCCUGAUGAGGUUGGAGAAUACAUGGCAAGGGAUCUGAGAUUUAAAAAAAAUAAAAAAGUAAAAUAUAAAUGUGAAUAUACUUCAAAUAUAUUUUCCUCGUAUGAAUUCAUAGGGGUGCCAAUAAUUGUUGCAUACCUAUAUUUAACAAAUGUUGUUUGGAUAAACCUGUAUUGCAAUUGUUUGAUAUCCAUGAGAGCAGACUAUUUUUGUUCAUUUUUUUUAACAAAAGAUCAAUAGGUUAAACAAUAAAGACAAUUUUUCACAGCCUUCUUUGCUCAUAUUUACAGAGCGUGCCAAUAUUAGUGGAGGGCCCUGUAUAAUAGAUGUUCUUCCCAUAGAGCCAGUUGAUGCCUGAUUGUGGGCUGUAAUAUAUUCAGUGUGUGUAUUUACUAGAAUUUUAAAAAAGAGCACAUGAAGAGAAAUUCAAGCAAUCAGAAACAGAUUUAUUUUAAUCAGUAUGAAGUCAUAUAAUGAAAGUUUGACCUGGGGUCCAAAAGAGUAGAUUUCCUUCAGCGUCUUGAUAAUAAUUAUGGUGUUUGAUGGUAUAAAUUCAUCAUUCAAAAUCUGCACGAUUUAUACGAGCGUGAAUGCUUGCAUUUAAAGCCUUUUACUAUCAUUGUUUUAUUUUUUUACUAAACUGAGACACACAAUUAGGUGGGACUUUGGGUCUAAAUUAUUUUGUAACUUUUAACAAUAAUAAUUGCAUGAUUUGACAAUCAAAAUGACUUGGAGAAAAAUGCAUUUCUGUUUAAUAUUGGCACAGCGCAAAUCUAUGCAUAGCUCAUAAAUCUCUAUUCACGUUAAGCACAGUAUCAAACCUAAAGAUCAUGGAUUGAUGUAUUGGUUACGUCAGGGAGGAUCUUGUCAUGUGAUACACAAAUAUUAAAGUGUAUUGCGUUUGGUAAUAUUUUGUGCUUUUUUUUUUUUCUUCUUUAUGUUUACGCUUAACUCCUUGCCUAGUGGAUUAAUACACUGCAAUAAAAUAUUACAAUAUAA